AUAAAAGGUACCUACCUACCUAGGUAUGCUAGAUAUAAUAUUGUAUAUUUCUAUAUUCCCGUAAACCGCGCAAAAAUCUUUCUUCUUGUCUUGUUAAAAUUGUCUCUUAUAUACCUAUGCAUUAGCAACUUGUUUUUUUUGGCCGACCCUAUUUGACGAAGUCUUUGCUGGCUUUGAGAAUAGCUAGCUAUUCAGGUUCUAUUCAGGCAACUUAGAUGCUCAAAAUUCUUCCUUGGAUAUUUUAUAGUACUUCCAUCCACCACUUCGGCAUAGUCGUACCCUAGAUCUUGGUCCCCAAAGCGUAAAAUCGUGUACUAUUGCUACUACCUGUGUGCGGGUUGUAUUGGUCUCGGACGCUACACCAAAAAAGUAAGUAGCAGGGAGGUCAAUACAAUUAUCGUCAUGCUUUCGACGUUAUUACUGCUGCAGGUGGCUGCAAUUUUAUACUUCAUAUACAGUAUAGUAUCAGGACUCAGAAAGAAUAUUGCUGCCGCCAAACGAAGCGGACUCCCUUACUACAUUGUUCCCAUUAGCCCGUGGAGCCGAAUAUGUCAAAUAUUUCAUACAUUCUGGAUUCGUUUAUUUAAACUUCUUCCACGUAAAUACUGGGAAGAUGUCGAGCACGUUUUGAAUCCUAACUGGCAGUAUAUGCAGAACCAUAGGAUAUUCUCCAAGCUCGGAGAUACUUUCUUGGUUGUUUCGCCGGGGAGGAUCAUAUGCUUCACAGAGAAUGCCGAGGUAAUUCAUCAGAUCACGUCCAAGCGAGAAGCGUUUCCGAAGCCAACUGAGUCCUAUGGUAUUCUCGCGCAGUAUGGUGAGAACGUAGUGACGCUAGAAGGCGCCGCUUGGCGUAUGCACCGCAAGAUCACUUCGGCCUCGUUCAACGAGAGGAAUGCCGCGUUGGUGUUCAAGGAAUGCAUCAGCCAGACACAAGGGUUGCUCAACCUCUGGCUAGGCCCGGACGGCCUAGGAAAUAAAACAUUCAAGACGCUCGAGCACGAUACGGCAUCCCUCAUGCUCAACAUUAUCGCAAACAUCGGAUUUGGUCUCAAGAUCCUCUGGCCCGGUGAGGAGUUUCCGCCUGAUGCCGACCCAAGGUUAAUCAAAUACGGAACACGUGAGCCUCCUCCAGGACACACAUUGAGCUUCGUAGAAGCAUUGGCUCGUACUUUGAAAUACCUCAUCAUCCUCUUGAUCGCGCCGAAAUGGAUACUCAGGAUUGUCCCCAACAAGCACGCAAAGAAGGCUUUAGAGGCGGAAGAGAAUUUCUUAGGCUAUCUGAACGAGUUCUUGCACGAAAAGAUCGAAGACGUGCAGAAAGGAAAUAAAGCAGAAGAAGGACUCGAUAUCAUGGGCUCGUUGGUUCGUACGAGUUACGGAGAUGUGGCAGCCGACGGAUCAGCAAAUAAGAAAGGAACCAAUGUUGCACGACUAACAGACUCGGAAAUAAGAGGAAAUGCUUUUGUGAAUAUCGUAGCAGGACACGAGACUACAGCCAACAUCCUUCAUUUUACAUUGGCCCAUCUGGCUACUAGUCCUGCUUCCCAAAGGAGACUACAGCGGGAUAUCGACAACCUUAUGGGAAAUACGGACCCCGCGAAGUGGGAUUACGAGGCAUCUCUGAACCCUCUUCUUGGUUCGACGGUUGGUGCUGUUAUCAAUGAAACACUUCGUCUCUUGCCGCCUGUCGUGGAUAUCCCUAAGAUGGUGUCUCCAGCGCAAGAGCAGUCCCUUAGCAUAGAUGGGGUAGGACACGUACUUCCUCGCGAAACAUCAAUUGGCCUGGUGGUCGUAGCCGCACAGCGCAAUCCGAGAUAUUGGCCGACUAAGCCAAGCAAGAUUAGCGGUGCCGAGACGGAUAUGGAUGACUUCGUGCCGGAGCGAUGGUUCCAGACAGACUCGGCGAAAAGCGGCAGCACCGCAAUCGAGGGGGAGGACACGGAGGACUUUGGUGGUUACACCGGAUCCGACACCAGCGCCCAGCUGUACCGGCCGCCGCGGGGUGCGUUCAUCCCAUUCUCGGACGGUGCACGGGCGUGCUUGGGCCGCCGCGUAGCGAUCGUAGAGCUGGUCUCGGCAUUGGCCGUCAUCUUCCAGAAAUACAGCAUCGAGCUCGCGGUGGACGAGUGGGCGAGCGACGAGAAGGUAGCGGAGAUGAGCCACGACGAAAAGGCCAGCUUGUACAAAGUGGCGCAAGAGAAGUCUAGGGAAACGAUAAAAGAAGCUAGAAGCUACAUCACGCUGAAACUGCAUGGGGAUAAGUGCAUCCCCGUCAGGUUGGUUAAGAGGGGCAGUGAGAGAUUUGCCAACUGGGUCGAUUCAUGAUACGUGUAAGAGGGAAGAGCUCUACUAUAUAUAUAUAUCUCUCUCAUAUGAUGUGUUCAUAUGAGAGCAUCUCUAGGACAUUAUAAAUCAUAUAUAUAUACGGAAUGAGACAUAGUACGAAGAAAGACAAAUAACUCCUGAGAAUUUUCUGUUGACACUAUCCAAAGGACAACAACGCCCACGAAGCUCAAAAUACAUAUACCCACUGUCCUACAAACCAGACAUGGUCCAGGGUAUUAAAAAGAAAAGACAAUAUUGACACGUUCGACGGCUCCAAUUUUUGAAAAAUUCGAACAUCUCUAGAACGUGGCAAAGCGUUUUUGAUUGAUUCGAACCUGGUCUCCACAUGGAGUAGACAAGUAAAAUGGGACGAUGACACCUUGACCUAGCUUGACAUAGCAAAUAGCAAAUCACGAUCUUGGAUUUCCCAAUCGGGGUACCGCGCAUCGAUGGUCCCCGUCCCGCCCGUUUUGCUGUUGUUAACGUACUAUGUAUUGUGCAUGUACGUAUUAGCCUGUUAGCUUAGCUGAGGAGGUUACUAAAACCUGGUCUAAAACCUGGAAAACUUUAGGUAUUGUUAGGUUAGGUACUUGCCAGCAAGCAGAUCCUAGGUCAGGCAGGCUGGCAGGCUGG